AUAAUCGUGCGUGUCCCUCGUCCAAAAAAAUAACGCGGACCAACACAUGGAGAGAACGAUGUCGGAGCAAGCGGCUUUGCAAACGCAAACGGAAACCAUCUCCGAGGCGGAUGUCACUGACUCCGGGUCACAGGAUGUGCCUACUGUACGAUUACGUUUACGAAAACCAAAAUCGAGCAAAAAGGUUCAAUGGACUGAAGGAACUGUUGAUAAUGAACAUCUAAAUAAGAAAAAAUCAAAAUGUUGUUGUAUUUAUGAGAGACCAAAAACUUUUGGUGAAAGUAGUUCCGAAGAUAGCGAUGAUGAAUGUGAACAUUGUCAUGGACAUAAGGAUGCUCAUAAGAAAGUCUUACCUACAACUGGAAAUGCCCAUCAAGAUGGAAUGUCAUCUCAUCCUGAACCUAUUGCAACAGGUUCAGCAUAAAUAUACCCAUAUACCCAUUGAAAACUCUGCUAAAUGGAAAAUAAAUUCCUUUAUGUUGUUUCUCAAGUCAGUAUCAUACAAAAGAAAUGGCGGAUUGUAGGUGUACAAACUAUAAAUAUGAUUCUGCACUAAUACAUGUGGCAUUUUAUUAUAAUGCUUUAACGAUAUCGCAUGGAAGCAAUGUUCAAAAUUGUUGGUCUAUGUAGAUCGUAUGUGAUAUCAUAAGAAUAGUAAAUUAUUGAAUAUUCUCUGAAAAAUAACAAUCAUUCCUUAAAUGUUUACAUCCGAAUCACUUUUUUCAUAUGUACUAUUUGCUAAUAGUUUUAGAUUUUAUGUUAAAAGAAAAUAUAUAUUACUUGUUAA